ACGGAGGGGCCCGGCCAGUGCGGCGCGCGGCGGGGCGGCGGCAGCCAUCUUGAACUGCGAUCGGGCGCCGGCGCCGCGCUCCGCGGUGGAGCGGAGCGGAGCGGAGCGGGGUUUUCCUCGCUUGAGGGGCGGCGGGCGCCGCGCGGCUGCGCUUCGAUGGACAACAUGGCGAGCCCGGGUAAAGAUAACUUCAGGAUGAAAAGCUACAAGAAUAAUGCACUUAAUCCCCAAGAAAUGCGCAGGCGAAGAGAGGAGGAAGGGAUACAGCUUCGGAAACAGAAAAGGGAAGAACAGCUGUUUAAACGCCGAAACGUUUCUCUCCCGGGAAAUGAAGAAUCUAUGGUAGAAAGUCCAAUUCAGGAUCCUGAUGUCAGCUCUACCGUACCUAUUCCAGAGGAAGAAGUUAUUACAGUAGAUAUGGUUCAGAUGAUUUUCUCAGAUGAUCCUGAUCAGCAACUCACAGCAACUCAGAAAUUCAGAAAAUUGCUAUCUAAAGAGCCUAAUCCGCCUAUAGAUGAGGUCAUACAAAAACCAGGAGUAGUACAGAGAUUUGUGAAAUUUCUAGAGAGGAAUGAGAAUUACACUCUGCAAUUUGAAGCAGCUUGGGCUUUGACAAACAUAGCAUCUGGAACUUUUCUACACACCAAAGUUGUAAUUGAAACUGGAGCUGUUCCAAUUUUUAUUAAGUUGCUUAGUUCAGAACAUGAAGAUGUACAAGAGCAGGCUGUGUGGGCUCUUGGUAAUAUUGCUGGUGAUAACGCAGAAUGCAGAGACUUUGUUUUAAACUGUGGAAUAUUACCACCCCUCUUGGAACUGUUAACAAAUUCAAAUCGUCUUACAACAACUAGAAAUGCAGUUUGGGCUCUCUCAAAUCUCUGUAGAGGAAAGAACCCACCUCCAGACUUCAGUAAGGUUGCUCCUUGCUUAAAUGUUUUAUCAAGACUGUUAUUUAGCAGUGACCCGGAUGUAUUAGCAGAUGCUUGCUGGGCCCUCUCUUACCUUUCAGAUGGUCCCAAUGAUAAAAUUCAAGCUGUUAUUGAUUCUGGAGUGUGUCGAAGAUUGGUAGAGCUGCUGAUGCAUAACGAUUACAAGGUGGUAUCCCCUGCACUAAGAGCAGUUGGAAAUAUUGUGACUGGGGAUGAUAUCCAAACACAGGUGAUUCUAAACUGCUCUGCAUUACCCUGUCUCUUGCACUUGCUUAGUAGUCCCAAGGAAUCUAUUCGAAAAGAAGCAUGCUGGACUGUUUCUAAUAUUACUGCAGGAAACAGAGCUCAGAUUCAGGCUGUUAUAGAUGCAAAUAUUUUUCCAAUAUUGAUUGAAAUUCUUCAAAAAGCUGAAUUUCGCACCAGAAAAGAAGCAGCAUGGGCCAUAACUAAUGCAACAUCAGGAGGAACCCCCGAGCAGAUUAGGUAUUUGGUAGCACUGGGUUGUACCAAGCCUCUUUGUGACCUCCUGACUGUGAUGGAUUCAAAAAUAGUACAGGUGGCUUUAAAUGGACUUGAAAAUAUUCUGCGUCUUGGAGAACAAGAGUCUAAGCAAAAUGGAAUGGGCAUUAAUCCUUAUUGUGCCCUUAUAGAGGAAGCAUAUGGACUUGAUAAAAUUGAAUUUCUUCAGAGGCAUGAAAACCAAGAGAUCUACCAAAAGGCUUUUGAACUCAUAGAACAUUACUUUGGUGUCGAAGAGGAGGACUCCAGUAUUGCACCUCAGGUGGAUGAAAGUCAGCAGCAGUUUGUGUUUCAACAGCAGGAGGCUCCAAUGGAAGGGUUUCAGCUGUAAACUAUUGAAGUGAAGAAAGCAUAAAAUGUAAACACUUGGGGUUUGGUUUGUUUUUCUUUUUUCCCCAGAGGUCUUUUCUUUAUGGCCAAAGUUAGAGGAAACCAUUGAAUAUGUUUUGCAGAAAUAGAUGAAGCAGCAGCUCAUGCACUUUUAUAUAUUGUGUUAGAUACAACUGUUCUUUGUUUUGUAUUUGUGUUUUUCAUUAUCUCUUAAGUACAGAAAACAACUGUGAGUAAUCAUGUCUAAAGCAUUACAUGUGAUUUAACAAGAACUGUUAAGACUUAGUAGGAUUUUAGGCAGUGGUUCUGAAUUUUUCAUGUAGUCUCAAACUGCAUAUCAGCAAUACAGUUACUGACAGUUGCAUUUUUGGCAGUAGGCUUGACUUGCCCAGUCUCUAUCAAAUCUACCUCUUGUAUUGAAGCAAAAACGUUGCUUCAGAACUAAGGCAUGAAAUAAAGAUGAGCUUGUAAGAAGCUGAAUUGGAAUGUGAAAAAUAUUUAUUUAAAUUGUGAAACUUUUAUGCAUUACUUACUUUACAACACACUGUUGGAAUUUAUUUAUAAAAUGUAUUUAAAGACAUAAUAGAUAUACAUAUAUAAUGCUAAUUACCUAAUAUGGAAUAUAUGAAAAAGCUUUUUCUGAAUUAUGUGGGAAGAGGACUAUUUCAGAGGUUUUCAAAUUGGAAUCAGCAGAGAGCUUGCUGGUCGUUUGUUGUUGGCUCUGAAAUUAAAGCUGCUAAAUGGCAUUAAAAGUCAGCCGCAAAUACAGUUACUUUGCAGUGGAGGCAGUUGCUGUAGUUACCACAAGAAUGCUGCCAUUAUCAAUGACAGAGAUGGUGAUUUGCACAAAUCGCCAAGCACAUGCUUUACAGCUGUCUCCUGUCACAAUGUGGUAACACUUUAGUUUGAGAAACAUUUGCAAUGUUCGCCUUUCUAGUACAGUAGCUUCUUAAAAGUUUAGACAGUAGGUGUUAUUUUUUUGACCAAAUACGCUACCGCCACUCGAUUUGUUCUUUAAGUUCACUAACUCUGAUUUCUUUUGGUAAGAGAAUAGAAAUACUGCAGUGAAGAAUGAAUGGUGAAUCACUCCUUUCCAGUUGAAGGAGAAGUUCGUUGUACUGUAAAUAGCAUUAAGUACGUGGACACCGAAACUAACUAGAAGUUAUCGUCAUCUAAAUAUUUAGGCUCUACAAUAUACAGUGUUUGCUGUUAAACACUAAAAGAAAUAGAAUUCUGAUAUUUACACUAACAAUUUUGAAUACAGAAAAAUGUAUGUUCUGCUUCGACUUGCAUAUAAGUAGUGUUUCUGGUCUGUUAGUAGUAUAUCUCAUUUGGAGAAGCUAAUACUUUGGGUUACCUCUGAAGUAUGAUUAUUUUUUAUUACCUGUACUUAAUGUAUUAACGUCAAACUCUUGGGUUAAGUGAAAUCCUUGACAUAUGAGAGCAUUUCAUGCUUCAUAAAAAGCUGCAAUUUAAAUUACAAAUUACUUACCCCAUGGCACUGUGCUUGUCAGUAAACAAGAUUUUAAUGCACUGAAAAAUACAGGUUAAAGGUGGUAUCAUUUACAGUACCAUUUUAUAUUUAGAAUUUUUUUUACAUGCAAGUUAAGAUUCUUAGAUGUUUCACUUUGAUGUUACAGCAAUAUAUACUAUAUUGUAAUUGAAUGUGGGACUUGAAGUGGAUUUUCUAAGAUUAAUGGUCAAUUUUGACUAAGAUGUAACUGGGAGGGAAGAAACCUCUUUUUGAAGUCUUUUUAGUGGAAGAUAGAAGUGUAAGAAGUGUAUAUAGGAGUGCUGUUACUUUAUGAACUCUGAAUAAUGAAGGUAUUUUAGCAAAUGACACUUUAAACCUAGAUUUGUACAGCACAACAGUUUUGAAUAGUGUGAUAAUAUUGAUUACAGCUGCCAAAUUUUCAUAUAAUGUUAGAUGAUUGUAUUUGUGCCCUUUUUACUCUCAUAGUUUUAGGUUUUCAUAUACUGACCUUCCUUCUUUCCCCGCCCACCCCAUCUGUUCAAAGUACAGGGUAACAAUCAUGGAAAUCUACCAGGAUUACUAGUAAAUGCUGAAUUUCAAUGUAGUUCUAGCGUAAGAAAAUUAUUCAGGUAACAGGGUAUUCCAUUGUUUCUAACAAUCUUGUUUUGAUACCAUAACCAGCUGUGCCUGCUUUUUAUUUGGAGAACCCUGUAAAAACUGCGUUUAUAAGCCUCUCUAAUUUAAACCAAAUCUGAACUACAAAAUAUCUUAAUUAAAAGACUUGAAAAUGAAGAAAAGAGGGGACAUUUAAAGUAUUAUAUUUGUUUUGAAAGAAUGUCUUCAGUUUUGUGGAUAUAUUAUUCUAUAUGUAUGAACAGUUAGUGACUGCACUUUAUGCAUUUAGAUAAACUAUAUUUCAUGCUUCUGGUAACAUUUAAAUGUAACAGUUUAGAAGGGAACUAAAAUUGAUGGACUUUAGCUAAUGGAAGUCAUUAUUUAAACUCAACAUUUGGUUUACCCUAAAGAUGUUACAAAAUUAUAAUGAAAAUUCUUCUUUAAAGGAUGAACGUCCAGCAUGGCCUCUCCUGCGUUAUCACUGGGUUUACAUCACACUUUAUUAAAAGCACGUAAAUGAGCAAUAUAAAACCAGAGAUGAUGACUUAAGGUCAGCUCUGGUGUGGUCAUUUGCAGGUAGGGGUGUGAAUAUGAUGAUGUUGCCUAAACAGAUGAAACCAGCGUGGAGAAAAUCAAACAACAAUCACAAAAAGAACUGAGAGAAGAAAAUCUCUUUUAAGUUUGGUAUUUUAUAUGGAAUCUGAAGUGCCCCAUCAGUUACAAAAUCUGUUUAAAAAUACUGGCUUUUGGGUUUUGGUUAUAAUUAAAAGGGUACCAUUUGUUCUGCUUAAAUGUGAAUACUAACUAGCUAAUUUAUGCAACUAUGCAAAGCAUAAGAUUUUUUUUUUCAGUUCCCUACUCUUGAUACACUGAAUCAUAUCUAAUUUUUUCAUCGUUGCACUUUUGUCUGAGGACUGGUUCAUACAGCUUUUUCAUUUUCUAGUGUUUGUUUUAAACACCAUUGCUAGCAGCAAUCGGAAAAUAGUAAUAAUGUUGGCACAGAAGUAAGUUAGCUGUAGAACAAGUUUGCAACUGGAAAAUAUUUAUUGUCGGGUCUGUCUUUAAAAAUAAAAUAAAAAAAAAGAUGCACUAUUGUCUUUUCUUCACAGUUCUCAGUUGAUUUAAAUUUAUUAAAUUGUACAACUGAGGAUUUUUGUAAUAGGUCUGCCAAUUGAUAUGUGAAGCUUUAACUGUGACCUCAAGAGUUCACUGAAAUCUGGACUUGAGAAAUUUUAGUUACUUACGGCACAAUAUCUUCAUAUAAUGUGUGGAAACGAAAAUACCUACACUAACUUCAGCUAGUAAUAGUGCAUCUUUAACUCCAGGCCAAAGGCCCAUUACUGUAACAGAACACAUAUGAGUAGUAUGCAAUAUUAUGGAAUGUUAAAUCUCCAAAUACCAUACAGAAACCAAUAAAACCUAUUUUACAGA